AUGUCUCCCGUACGGUCUGUUCCGUCAUCCUUCUUUCCCGCACCAUCCGUCGAUAUGUCCGCUGAUGAACAACACCCCAGAUUUCGCCAUGACCCCAGCUGGUCCUAUCACCAAGGAGUGUCGGGUUCGAUGCUCAAAGUUUUCCUCCGUACUUUUACUGCGUUGCACAUGAAAUGGCCGCUAUCCCUCAAGCCACACCACGAGUCGGAUCGAUUCGUGUUGAUCAAUCCUGCCGCCUCCGAGUGCUACACUGGAGUGAUGGUGGAUGAGGCCGUCAAGCCGGAGACCAUCGGCGCCACCUGGUAUCCCCAGCCAUUUACGCGCGGCACCUCUCUCCCGGAUGAUGGGCAUGUCAUCUUGCACCUACACGGUGGUUCCUAUAUUUUGGGAGACGGUCGCCCCUCUUCCUGCAACUUCAUGGCCCAGACCCUCCUCGAACAGACUCCAGCAAGUUACAUGCUCUGUCCCCAGUAUCGACUGGCCUGCAACCACAACGGUCGCUUUCCUGCCCAAUUGCAAGAUGCCCUCGCAGCAUACAUGCAUCUGAUUCACACCCUCCAAAUCCCUCCCUCUCGAAUCGUACUCAGCGGCGACAGCUCCGGCGGCCACCUCGUCCUAGCACUUCUCCGGUACAUCGUCGAAUUUAAUCGGCCGGAUUUAUUACCAGCACCAGAAUGCAGCUGGGCCUGGUCUCCAUGGUGUGACGUACCCGCUGCAGUCGACCCUAGUGCCUGGACGCACAGCACCAACUACAAAACCGAGUAUAUACCAGGGUCCUUCCCAGCCUGGGGAGCGAAGCAGUUCCUGGGAGAUUUGGAGAUAACCCCACAAGUUGAGCCGUACGUAGCUCCCAUCUGGCAUCCGUUUGUCGUUCCCUCGCCAGUACUGGUCAUUACCGGCGGCCGUGAAGUUCUGUGUCAGGAUCAUGAGAAGCUGGCGCAGGAGUUUCAGAAACUGCCCGGGAAUGAAUCUUCCAUUGAUCUGGUAGUGGAGGAAAAGGUGCCGCAUGAUGUGUUGAUGAUUGGGUGGAUUAUGGGGUUCAAGGAUGAGGCCCGUCAUUGCGCCACCAAGGCGGGGGAAUUUCUACGUCGGGUGGACGCUUCGUCCGGUAGAAGGGAUGAUGCUGCUGAGAUGUAA